GGGGUAGGACUGAAUGGCCAUCACAGAAACUUGAUCUGCUGGCGCCUCCUCACAAAGGAUUUCGCCCUCUGCCCGUGACCGUAGGAUAUGGCGCGCAACAACUACAACAGCAUGGACGAGACGAUGCCACUGAAGGGCGCGCGCCCCCCAAUGGAGCGUAAGGCCUCGCGUCGUAUUCCGUUGACCGACGGAGCCAAGCGCGCGCAAAGAAAGCUGCAGCUCGCCUGCGUCUGCUCGCUGCUCUUCAUGUGCGCCGAGGUCGUGGGCGGCUUCCUGGCCGGCAGUCUGGCCAUCAUGACGGACGCCGCGCACUUGCUGUCGGACGUGGCAGGCUUCUGUAUCUCGCUGUUUGCCAUCUGGGUCAGCACACUGCCGGCCUCGAACCGCUUGAGCUUCGGCUUCCAACGCGCCGAAGUUAUCGGUGCUGUCACGAGUGUGUUGGUCAUCUGGGUGCUCACAGGAGUGUUGGUCUACGCCGCUGUGGAGCGCUUGAUGGAGUGUCUAGAGCCUAAUCCGAAGGAACACGUGAACGGCAAACUCAUGUUCAUCGUGGCCUGCAUUGGGCUGUUCGUGAACCUGAUUUUAAUGCAGAUCCUGGGUCACGGACACAGCCACGGAGGAGGCGGUGGCCACGGCCAUUCGCAUGGAGGCAGCCACGGUCAUGCGCAUGGAGACAGCUCCAGCAGUAGCGAAGAGGAGGGACAUGGCCACUCGCACGGCCAUGGUCACUCCCACGGCCACUCCCACGGUGGACAUGGAGACCUCGAGAAUGGUGUGGGCGAAGCUUCCCAGUCCAAAAAGAAGCUGGAGAACCUGAACAUUCAGGCCGCUUACAUUCACGCGCUUGGCGACUUCAUCCAGAGUGUUGGCGUGUGUAUCGCCGGUGGCCUCAUCUGGUACAAACCCGAGUGGCAGAUUGCUGACCCCAUCGCUACGUUCAUUUUCUCGGUCCUGGUACUGGGCACGACCAUCGGAAUUGUCCGUGACAGUAUCCAUGUGCUCAUGGAAGGCACACCAGAUGGCAUCCACGCCGACGAGAUCGAACAAGGUCUGCGUCGCUGCUCGUCUGUGGUGGCCGUGCACGACCUGCACAUCUGGUCGCUAAGCGCCGGUCUGCCGUCGUUGAGCGUUCACUUGGUUUCGGACGACGCAGAGACGGCUCUGCACGCAGCUCAGCGCUACCUCAUGUCCAAGGGCAUCACGCACACGACGAUCCAGAUCGAGAAGACCGCGACGCUGUACCCACGCGACUGCAACUCGGACCUUAAGUGUGGUCAGGACUCUCCGCAGAAUAGCGACUAGAUAUGGUCAAGCAAGAUUUGGACAGCAAAUAACGCUAAAUAAAUUGCUUCGGAAUGUAUACGAGUCAGAGAACA